CGAUUGUAUUUGGAAAUAAUUUUCGCUAGAAUCUUUUAUUUUAUCAAUUUAUUAAAUUGAAUCUUGCAUAAAGAAACAUUCAUAGUUUCCUCUUUUUCAUAAUCAAGGUACUGAUUGUAUUAAUUCGUAUUCACACGAAUUAUCUGUUAUUUGAUUAUUAUAAACGCGAUGCGAAGUAGAUCUCGAUCUCCACUCCCGUCUCGUAACCGUUCCCGACAUGAUGCAAGACCAGAACGAGGUGAACGUAAACGUGAACGAGGUCGUGAUAAUGGUACAAUUCGCAAUGUUCGAUCCCAUCGCGAACAUCGAACAGGCCGAGAUUAUCCCCGUAGUCCAGUACGUGAACGCGAUGAUAAUGAACGACAAUUAGAUCGUGAACAGCGAUAUCGAAACUAUGAUCGAGAACGUGUUGGCACUGAUGAUCGUAAUCGACAUCGCGGUAGAAUAGAUGAACGCAAACAUCAUCGUGACCAUCGACACAAUGAUCGUCGUAAAUCGCAAUCACCUCGUGCUCGUCGACGUUCCCGAUCUAGAUCGCGAACUCCAAAAUCAGAAAAAAAUGGUGGCGCCGUCCCACAAUUUCUAAUGAAUCGUCCGGAAAUUACCGAUAAAGAUCUCGAAGGUAAAACAGAAGAAGAACAACAAAUGAUGAAAUUGAUGGGUUUCGCUGGUUUUGAUUCAACAAAAGGUAAACCUGUUAAAGGCAAUGAUGUUUCGGCUGUUAAUGUUUUACAGAAACGUAAAUAUCGUCAAUAUAUGAAUCGAAAAGGCGGAUUUAAUCGACCAUUAGAUUUUGUCGCUUAACAUUAGACAUUUCAUUCAAAUUUUUCAAUCAAAUUUUAUUUGUAAAUACAUUUUAAAUUACGGAAUUACUUAAAUAAAUCAAGACUUUCUUUUUGA